GCAGGAAUUCCCCAUCCCUAGAGGUUGCUGUCUCCAGCUGCCCCCAUCAGGGCUGUCCAUGCCGCCCUGACAUAGAAUCAUAGAUGUGCAGGGCUGGAAGGGACCUCGAGAGGCCAUCUAUGGCAGCUCCCAUGCAGAGGUAGAACCAAGCAUACCUAGAACAGUAUCCGUUCUAGUAUCUGCUCUCCUGCUCCUGCUCCAUGUGUCCCAGGGACUUUACUCAUCACCUGUUCUCGGGCUGUGCCAGCAAGAGGGGGUGGCGGAUAGGGGCAUGCUCACUCAGCCAUGGCUGAAGUGCACUCUGCUGCGGUUACGUAAGAGUCGCCUGCUCGGGUCAGGUGAAUCGAACGGGUUUAACCAACGGAAGGAAAAGAGGGUUAGUUAUUCCCUGGUGCAGCGGCAGCAUGGAGCUCGCGGGCCCCGCUGAUGAGAACCCCUUCAGAGAUGCCAGGAGCAUCGUCCCGCCUGCACCAUCCUCCGGCUGCGGCCAGAAGAGGCGCUGUUGGAUUCGCCAGCUGAUCCCAUUCAACUUCUGGGAAGAGGCGAAGAAGCUGCUGGUGCUGUCGGGGCCACUGACCUUGGUCCAGUUGCUGGUCUUUAUGAUACACGUUGUAAGCUCUAUAUUCUGUGGCCAUCUGGGGAAGAUUGAGUUGGCCUCCGUCACGCUUGCAAUCGCUGUUAUAAAUGUUACUGGCAUCUCUGUGGGGUUUGGUUUAUCUGCAGCAUGUGAUACAUUAAUGUCCCAGACCUACGGCAGUAAGAACAUGAAGCGGGUGGGGACCAUCCUGCAGCGUAGCAUCCUCAUCCUGCUGCUUUGCUGCUUCCCCUGCUGGGCUCUCUUCAUCAACACCGAGCAGAUCCUGCUGCUGGUCCGGCAGGACCCGGAGGUCUCCAGGUUAACCCAGGUUUAUGUGAUGAUUUUUAUCCCAGCUCUUCCUGCGGCUUUUCUGUACCAGUUGGAGAUGAGAUAUUUGCAGAAUCAGAGGAUAAUCUGGCCGGAGGUGCUAAGUGGCAUUGCUGGAAAUAUCAUAAAUGCAAUUGCAAACUAUGUCUUUCUGUAUGUGCUGGACCUUGGAGUCAUGGGUUCCGCCUGGGCAAACACUAUUGCUCAGUACGCUCAAGCCAUCUUCCUGUUCCUGUACAUUGUCGCGAAGAAGCUGCAUGUGGAGACCUGGGGAGGCUGGUCCAGCGAGUGCCUCCAGGAGUGGGACACCUUCACCACUCUGGCUGUCCCCAGCAUGCUCAUGAUAUGCAUCGAGUGGUGGACCUACGAAAUUGGAAGCUUCCUGAUAGGCCUGCUGAGCGUAGUGGAGCUUUCCGCACAAUCCAUCAUUUAUGAGGUGUCCACGGUGUCGUACAUGAUUCACUAUGGACUCUGCAUAGCCGUCAGUGUUCAGGUGGGGAACGCGCUGGGCGCUGGGAACCCAGAGGAGGCCAAGAGAUCUUCCACCACCAGCAUGCUGUGCACAGGGUUUAUUUGCCUGGUGGUGGGCGUCAUAUUAGCAGCCACAAAGGAUGUGCUGGGAUACAUAUUUACCAGAGACAGAGAGAUCAUUGCCCUGGUGUCUUGGGUCAUGCCAGUGUACGUGGCCGUCCACGUGUUUGAAGCCGGCUGUUGCGUAACCAGCGGCGUGCUAAGAGGCAUGGGGAAGCAGAAGAUCGGCGCAAUCUUGAAUGCUGUUGGCUACUAUGCUGUGGGCCUGCCACUGGGAUGCGUGCUGCUGUUCGUGGCCAGGAUUGGAAUGAGAGGCCUCUGGGUCGCCUUGCUGAUCAGCGCCUUUAUCCCAGCCAGCUGCUCCAUCAUCUACAUUGGGCGGAUGAACUGGAAAAGGGCCUCCGAGGAGGCUCAGCAACGGGCAGGUGUGAGCCAGUUGGCUGGCAAGGAUUUGAACUCAGCUCCUGUCUCGCACAAGAUGUCUCUCCCCUCUGCGGAAGCAGAAGCCCCGAACGGCGUUGUUCUGACGCGCAUCACUAAGAACGAGGGUCAGAUGUACCAGCUAACGCUCCAGGAAGCCACGCCUGCCCUCUCCACUGUGGGUGGAAUGCUGUCCGUGAAACAGCUGAUCCUAUGGCGCGGGCUGGCCGUCACCGCAGCUAUUGCGGUACUCGCCAUAGGCAUUCUAAUAAGGGUCAUGACUAUCCACCACUAGCGUCACACCAGGGGUGGGGAUAAAGGGAAGGAGACCCCUUCUGGCUCACUCAGUAGCUAAAACAUGGACCCAGCUACAGAUGACUAACACUCCACAGGUCCUACUGUCACAGCAAGGGCAAAGAUCCCACUUCAUCAGAAGACUAGAGCUGACCAGCACUACGAGUUUCUCUACAUGGUGCCCUUGGAAAUGGCCACAGGCUGCUAUGGGGAUCUCAGCCCACAGCUGGCUGAACAGGCUGGAAAUACUUUGGAGGACUGCCCUCUUUACCUGCAGCAGCUUCUCAAGUGCAAGCACUGAUAACUAUCACCACAGUGAACUUGUAUUGCUUGUAAUCGGAUAGCAGCAGCAAUAGCUUGUGUGUCUACAGGACUGCUGGCAUAGUGAUUAAAUGGCAUUAAAUGAUGAAUAAAUCUCUCAAGCUGCCAGUUAGGGUAUUGCAA